UGAACAACCUAGGGUCAAAGGGGGGAAUUGUCUGAGAUUUAUAAGUUAACUCUGUUAGAUUGAACGGGUCAGUCAGUGUUGUAUACCCAAAGAGCAAACAUAUCAAGGAACCAAGUUAUUUCAUAAGAAAACAUUUUUCAAUAUGUCCGCCAAAAUGAUGUUACGUGAUCAAGUUACCUCGAUUAUCGAUCCUUCCGAAAAGCUUCGACCGGAGCCAGUAUAUGCGGGGAAAUUGAAAAGCGACUUUAGAAACUUUAUCAUAGAUCCAGCAGAUGAGAUCAAGGAACGUGUACGCAAGACUUACGAGAACAUGCAUACUAAUCAAACGGUCGAGUUUGUGCGUUCUCGUAUGAAAGAAUGGCUACAAUUCAACAAAGCCAGAAUGACGAUUAAAGAUGCUCUUAUCAAAUUAAACGAUCUGAUCGAUGAGAGCGAUCCAGACACAAAUUUACCAAAUAUCGUUCAUGCUUUUCAAACGGCCGAAUCUAUAAGAAAAGAUCAUCCCGAUUUAGAUUGGUUCCAUUUAACUGGAUUGAUACAUGAUCUAGGAAAGAUUAUGGCAUUCUAUGGGGAACCACAAUGGGCUGUUGUGGGUGAUACAUUCCCUGUUGGUUGUGCAUGGGCUGACUCCAUAGUCUACAGGGACACUAGCUUUGAUAAUAAUCCUGAUGGCAAGGACUCUCGUUACAAUACAAAAUAUGGGAUGUAUAAACCUCAAUGUGGUAUAGAUAAUUUGAUGAUGUCAUGGGGUCAUGAUGAAUAUCUUUAUCGUGUUAUGGUUCAUAACAAUUGUAAAUUACCUGAGAAAGCACUUGCUAUGAUUCGUUAUCAUUCGUUUUAUCCCUGGCAUGCUGGUGGUGAUUAUAUGCAUUUUUGCACACAAAACGACUUGGACAAACUCAAAUGGAUCACUGAGUUUAAUAAAUAUGAUUUAUAUACAAAAAGUGCUGGCGUACCGGAUAUUGAGAAAUUAUGGCCUUAUUAUGAGAAAUUGAUCGAGAAAUAUAUUCCUGGCACGUUAGAAUGGUGAAUGGAAAAUAUUGAAAAACAAAAGGGACAUGAGUUACGCUUAAUUAAUUAUUCUUUUUGUUUUUUUUUUGUUUCUGUACAUACAUACAUAUAUUUCUGUUAAUGGUU